AUGGCGCGUCGGAUGCCGGAGUCUGCCUCAGCAGGAGCGAGCGAAGCGCCCGCGUCUAAUGGCCGCAUGCGAUGCAUUCAGGGCUACUGGGUGACGGUGUCUCCCGUCCCGCCUCCGAGCGUGCAGGCGACCAAAGCGGACAUCGAGAGAGAAGUCGCCCCCUGCUGCGAUUGCGUUUACGACAAGCCUAGCCGUCAGCUGCAUUUGGGCUUCCAGUCCGAGGAUCUUGCGAAUGGCGCGACCCUGCUCAACUCGUACGCGCUGGGAUUCGCGCCUCAGCUUACUAUCCGCUUGGCCACCGACCCUGCCAUUCUCCGGCGGAAAGUGCUCACAGACUUCACGGACGACUGGCCGGUGCGCUGGGAGCACAAGACGCUUCUCUUCAAGACGCCGAAUAUUCUUUUGGAGUUCCUGGAGGGCUUCUGGGAGACGCUCUCGCGUUGGCUGUUUGGCGCGCGGAGCAGGCGGUCGGCGCGCGCGCCCUCGCAGCAGAAUGCAGAGCCAGGCUCUCCGUCCAGCACAGAAAAAACAAAGUAG